AUGCAAUUCCUCACCGUCCUCGCUCUCGCCGGCGCCGCAGUGGCCAUGCCCGCCAACGCCAUCACGGCCAAGACCGCCCUUGAGCAGCGCCAGCAGCCUCUCUGCUCCGGCCUGACCGGCUCCGCUCAGUGCUGUGCCACUGAUGUCCUCGGCCUUGCUGACCUGGACUGCGCGAAUCCUCCCACUGUCCCCACAUCCACCGAGGAGUUCGUGCAGAGCUGCUCCGACAUUGGCCAGCAGGCACGCUGCUGCGCCAUUCCCAUCCUCGGCCAGGCCCUGGUCUGCGGUGAGCCCAUUGGCUUCCCCGGCAAGAACUAG